GAUGACCUGGAAACGAUUUCACCGAGUCGCGUGAGGGGAAGACAGCACGGAAGUUGUUUUUUAUUUUAUUUCUGCACAUUAAUUUGCUAUAGUAGAUGAAAUAACUGCGUUAUAAAGGCAUAUGAAGGAAUCAGAAAGCGUGUAGCUGUUCAGAAACCUAGCGGCGGCGGCGAGAGAGUCGGAAACAUGUCUGAACCAGCCGAGAAGAGAUUAAAAAUGAAUUUUCCCAUGUGUAAAGCACACCGCGCAUUCGUGGGCAGUAAAGCGAAGCAAAACUUCCCUGCUGUCGUUGAGGAAGGUUUAUGUGGAAUUUCAACUUCAGUGAUGGAGUUUGCCUACCGACUCGAAGCUUUGGCUGAGCUCUUUGAGCAGGAUGAUCUGCCCUUGUCCCGUGUGGCUGCAUUUUUCCAUCAGGAGUCUACGAGGGAGCAGGCACGGGCCGAGGCUCUGGUACAAUACCUGUCUGAACGUGGGGGACAUUACUGCAACAAAGUUAUUCGGAGACCAGGCACUGAGCAGGUGUGUGCGCUGCUCCCUGCUCUGGAGCUCAUGCUGGGCCAGUGGAAGGAGGAGAUGGCCAUCAUGGUAGAACUAUGUCGGCUAGCACAUGAGCAUGAGGACCCUCACACCAUUAGUGUGGUCAAAAGCCACUUCCUCAGACCACUUGUCCCAAAGAUCAAGCUUCUGGGUGACUUAUUGACCAACGCUCAGAGAGUGGGAUGCACCAUUGACGGUACUGCAGGAUUCGGAGAAUAUCUCAUUGACCAGCUUUACAAGGAACUGAACAGUGCUUAAACUUUCCCCUAAUAAUAAAACCUCCCACUGAUGCAAUAAAAACCUGACUUGAAGUAUAGAAAAGAAAUGCUUCUAUCUUAGCUUGUGGGCUUGUUAGAACAGUAACCCGACUUCAUUACUUAAUUAAUAAAGUUUUUGUGUUAAAACCAAGCCAUUCUCUUUUGUAUAACAAAACUUAAUAUUUCAAUAGUAAGUGACUGAUGAUGUAAGAGUUAUGUGAUAUUAACGCUUUCUUUGUUACCAAGGUUUUUUGAUACAUAUCCAAUACAAUAUUAAAUGAGUUCUCUAUUUGUUA